UUUUUUUUUUUUUUUUUUACUACCGUGAAUGCAUCGAGUGUGAAGCCGUGAGAGGAGGACUCGCCGCUGUUAACCUUUGCGUUGGUUAAGCCGUAGAGGACUCUCGCUGGUCGCCGGAGGAAAAGAUGUGCGAUGGAAUGGUAGCGUUUCAGACGAGAGCCCCGUCCUCCUCUCUAGCCCACAGGCUGGCUGCCGCCGCGCUUCUCCUCCUCUUCACCCUGCUCCCCAAUGGUCACGCAUCAGGUUGUGCGCGGCCCCCCGGCGUGCAGCACGGAGACCUGCUGAACCAGACGGAAGCUAACCGCGGCUCUUUUCCCCCGGGCACCCUGCUGACUUAUGGCUGCGAGCCUGGCUACACCGCAGAUGGAACCACCACCAUUGUUUGUACCAGCUCCGGAGCCUGGUCCCAUCAACCUCCACGCUGUAUCAGAAGCAGCGUGUGUUCGCCACCCACUGAGCCGGAAAACGGGGGCUACCGCUGUCACCCGUCUCCCUGCCACCGCCUCAGCCAGAAGACGGUCAUCGAGUACUUCUGUGACGAGGGAUACGCUCUAAAGGGAGACUACAAGUUCCUCACCUGCCAGAACGGCGAGUGGGACAGUCCCAUGCAGAUUAGCUGCCGACUCACACAAGACAAGGAGCCAAGCUCUCCGCUGGGUAUUCCUGCUCUGUCCAUUGUGGCGUCCACAGCCAGUUCUGUGGCACUCAUCCUGCUGUUAGUGGUGCUGUUUGUUCUUGUACAGCCAAAACUAAAAUCCUUCCAUCACAACAGGAGGGAGCAGGGAGUCUCGGGCCAGUCCAGCUCCAUCAUGGUUGAGGGCGUCCAGGUGGCCCUGCCCUCCUACGAAGAGGCUGUGUAUGGAAGCGGAGGACCCUGCAGUGCUUCUGGGGACUCUCCUUCUCCGCCUCCUCCUCCGGCUCCUCCAGAGACUCGAGUCCCGAUCGUGCUCUCUGAGGGUCUUCCUCAGGGAGCCACGGGAGGCCAAGGCGCCGGCAGAACACGCCCCAACAGAGACUUAGACUUCUGUCUCCCAUCCACGUCCUCAUCAUCCUUCUCCUCCCGCCGUCAUGCAGAGACGGUGCUGGUUCAUCAGGCACCCUCUUCCUCCUCCUCUUCAUCAUCAUGGGCCAGAGAGCACCCUGGGGGUGCAUGUGCAGGCCCCCUACCUCUCCGCAGAGACUCUGAGAGUAGCGACCAGCACAGUCUGCUCUCUGUCGCCUCUGCAGAUGACUUUUCUGAUGAUAUUCCCCUGCUAAAGGAAGCAUGAAGCCUCCCAGCCUGCCAUCAGCAUCAGCGGCGGAGGCCUGAUUUCUCUAUCUCUCGCUGCUGACCAGGACUGACUGAGGCUGUUAACUUCCCCCGAUUCCCCUCAGCAACCAGCUGAGGAAAAGACUAGAACUAUUUCCCCAUGCAAUCUCUUCCGCCAUUACUACCCAUGCAGAGCAAAGCCAACAACCAAUACUCGCAAAGAUGGAGCACCACUGGACCCAGCGACUGGAUCAAAAGACAAAGAUAAUCCAGAUAAAUAAAGUGGUGCCAGCUCAAAACCUGUAGAUCAAAUCUUUAUGUACAACAUACAUACUGAGUCAAGGUUGUGUACUUUAGGCUAUGUUUGAACCAUACGCUCACCUCCUCCCAGGUGUAGUUCUCUAUAAAAACAAAGCUCACGGAGGCUUCAUCGGAAAAGGUUAUAGCAAUCGAGACGCGUCGACUCUGUCUGGGAUUACUGCAGAUAAAAAAAUAAAUUAAAAAAACGUGAUGUACGCUGCGGCGCUCAGAUUCGUCUUCCCGAUGUACUUGAAAAGUUGUGAGUGACGGCUGGGUUUUUUUGCAGCCCGCUUUGUGAAUGCUGCAUGUUGUUUUGAGUUAUGCUGUCACAGCACGGUGGCACUCUGAAUGAAGCAUGAAGCCUCUUCUGGCUCUCUAUCUCUCUCUGGCUCUCUGAGUAUCAGGGCGGCGUCUAGCAUAUGGAUUAGUGGAAUUGAGAACCACUUCAUAAGAGCUAAAAGCAGGGUGCAGCGUUUUCACGAAGUACCAUAUCACAACUAUAAAAAGACCCUCUGCUUUCUUUUCUGUUGCCAGCUGCACCCACUAUCUGGAAGGUGCUCCUUCUGUCGCAUGAGUGGGAUUGAAUGGUGUUUUGGAUCCAGGACUGUGCUGUACAUCUUACUUGUAUAAGGAGGAGGAGACAUCAUUUCACAUUUUUGUCUGAAAGCUGAGGACAGGGUCGUCUUUCAAUGUGGUGAUUGGGCACAUGACUAAACUUUAGGGUUGUUUGUGUCUAGUUUUCCUCCCUGUAUUUAUUGGUGUGUGGCUCAGUUUGCUUUGAGAUGCUGAAUCUUUGUGUUUGUGAGUGGGAGUGUGUGUGUGUGUGUGUGUGUGUGUGUGUGUGUGUGUGUGUGUGUGUGUGUGCGUGUGUGUGUGUUGCAGCCUAGCAGGAGAGGACAUGUCCUCAUAUGGUAGGACUCAAAACAGCCAUUUCCUGAUAUGCUUUUAUUCAGAUCAGAGACUUGGCUUCACAAUGUACCCGUCUUUCACCAGAGGAAAAUAUCCCUCCCAGCAUUGAAUAAGUCACAUGAACAAACCAGAGUCACUUCAGGCAACGAGUCCACUACACAAUGUGUGUAUUAUUCAUCCACGCUCAAGCUAGAAUAUUUAUCAUUUUCUGCUGAAUGGCUGGAAAACACAAAUCCCCUCAGAGGAUCUGGCUCUCGCCCACUUUCACACUGAACCGAAGACUCUCCACUGUAGUGCAUUAUUGACACAACUGCAACUGGUUGCAGUGAAAUGCUAAAGUUUGGUUAUAAAGCAGCCCCCCCCACCCCACACAAACACACUCACCCUCCUAAAGCCAAGUGCAGAUUUAUGAGAGAAUCAUCGUAUGUUGUCUGAAAUCAACCUCUGUUUUCAUCGCCAGUAGAAAAGCUUUGGUGGAUGAGCUGGUAACCCUGGAAACAGCAUGACUCCGAAGGAUCCCGAGAAUUACUUUUUCAAGCUUCAGAAAAAAACAAAAACAGAACAACUUUUGAAUUUUAAUUCUGGUUUUAUUUGGCGUUUGCGGCUGUCGGUCAUCGUCAACGGCUACAUUAAUAAUGCAAACAGAAUGUUGCCUUAGACUUGUACAUUUUCUUUUCUUUUUUUUUUUGUAUAAUCUUAAGCCUCCUCGUUGGUUGCUUUACAAUAUUGCAAUGGAUUUGGUUUUCCCAAUGGCCUUACUCUGUUCUUUUCUAUUCUAUGCAUAAAACUGUCUUUGUGUAUUUAUCAGUUUACUUGUUGUGGACACGACUGAAAGAAUGUCCAUUCUUCUCUUUCCUCCCCUGGCUUUUUACAGCUACUGAUGAUUAUAAACCUAUAAGCACCUAUAUUUCACUAUUCUUUUGCUUCUCCUUUGCUACAAGGCAUCACAAUAUUAUGGGAUUGAAAAGAAGAAAAAACUGAAAUUAACUUUGCAUUCAGAAGCACUGUUGUACGGUGUCGCGUCCCUGAAAACUACAGGUUAAAAAAGUACACAUCUUGAUUCUUGGUUUCAAAUGCUCUCGGCUUUGAUUUUUUUUUCCUCUGUACAUGGCAGUGGGUGUGAAGAUAGUAAUUUAAUAUUUGUAUAAAGUUUAAUUUAAUUUUACAGUGUGUGUAUAUAACUUUCUAAUUAAAGCUUUCUUUUGAAUGUGGAA